ACGAGCGGAAUUCAUGAAGGCAGUAAAACUUUGGUCCAUCCGAGGGUCCCGUGUUUGCUCUGCCCACUCUAAACACCUCCUCUCCCCCAGACCUCCUCCUCCUCCGGGCCACUCCGCCAGAUGGUGCGGUCUUUUCUUUUGUUUACUCAUCGCCCCCUGAGUUUACCUAACGACCCAAACGACUGAACUACGUAGUCGUCCGGAGCUACAUCAUCGCUCAACACCGACAAACAUCUUCCCUGGACGGCAGCAGGACUGACACCAGGAUGGGACCGCCAGAGGCCUGGUUUUCACCCAUGUGCUGCAUUCUGAGCCGCUGCUCCUGGUUUCGAAGCAGACUGACACCACAGCUGAUGUAGACGCCCACUAAAGCCUUGUGCUGUCGCUGGAGCAGGAUCUAAAUGUUUAAAAUGGCAAAUUAAAAAUCUGUCUGAUAAAUGGACAAAAAGAGGUUUCCUGGUACAAUGUCCAGGCAGAUGGAUACAUCCUCCAAGAGACGCCCGUGUGUUGGAGGUGGCUUCCCCCAGCCCCCUCCAACUUCCAUCCAGUAUGGUCGCAUCAAGGCGGUGGAAGUGGCGAGAGGGAGGACGGGCUAUGGGUUCACGUUGACGGGCCAAAGCCCGUGUGUCCUCAGCUGCAUCCUGAAAGGAAGUCCUGCAGACUAUGUGGGCUUACGCUCGGGAGACUACAUCCUCUCUGUCAACGAUAUAAACGUCUCCAACGCUUCUCACGAGGAUGUGGUCAAACUGAUCGGACGAUGCUGCGGCGUUCUGAAGCUGGUCAUUGCAGAGGGAGACCAUCACAGACGCCAGCGCCACCAGCGAACCGCCACCAGCCGUCACCACAGCAACAACACGGUGGCAGCAUCGUACCUGGACUCUUGCUCUAGUGACGAUGAGCUGGAUGGUUACUAUGACAGCGGCAUCAAUAACAGCAGGUCGGGGUGUGGAGCCCGGGGAGGAUGGUACAAACCCAAACUGGACUCGAAGCAGAUGGGCAUCAAUAGAGCAGAGAGAGUUGUGGCUGAGUUGCAGUCUGGGGGGAUUUUUAACAUGAUCUUUGAGAACUCCAGUCACUCCUCCAGCAGCUCGGACAAGGACAGACCCGGGGUCGGCUCGUCCUCCAAGCCCCGGCCGCUGUCUGAUCCAGAAUUCCCUACAUACCGGAACUGCUCUCGCUCCCAGAGUAACCCCAACCUUCUCUCUGAGGAGGAGAUGGCACAGGUUCUGAAUGACGAUUCAGUUUUCCUGGAGUCGGACUUUCAGCAUCUCCGCAUUCACCACCAAGAAGAGCAAGACAUGGACGUGGGGGAAGGAGGCGACUUUGGCCUCGAGUCUGGCGAAGACAUCCUGAACGUGGGGAUGAUUGUUGGAUAUCUAGGCUCCAUCGAGCUUGCCUCCUCAGGAACCAACCUGGAAAACGACAGCCUGCAGGCCAUCAGAGGGAGCAUGAGGCGACUCAGGGCCGAGCAAAAGAUUCAUUCGUUAGUCCUCAUGAAGGUGAUGCAUGACAGCGUGCGCCUGUGCAGCGACCGAGGUCACGUCCUGGCCUCCUAUCCUGCAGAAAAACUGGCUUUCAGCGCCUGUUGUCCUGACGACCGGCGAUUCUUUGGCUUGGUCACGAUGCAAGCAUCAGAUGACGACCAUCCUUUCAGCAACGGGCAGGAUGCGGAGGGGGGCCUGAGGACUUCAUGUCACGUGUUCAUCGUGGAUCCAGAGCUAUGUCACCACCAGGUCCACCUGGGGGUUGCCAGGAGGUUCGGCUUUGAAUGCACCCCCGACCCAGACACAGGAGGCUGCCUAGAAUUUCCCCCCAGCUCCCAGCCUCUCCUCCAGUUCGUCUCUGUCCUCUAUCGGGACAUGGGAGACAACAUCGAGGGUGUUCGGGCGCGGGCUUUCCACGACCCGGACAAUGACGCACAGCAGAACCACAGCACCAGCAGCAACAGCGACAGCGGGAUCGGCAACUUUUUACCUGAGGAGAAGAGCAAUAGAGUGCUUUUAGUGGACUUGGGAGGCCCCCCCAAUCACAACCACAUGUCUGGAGGGACGCGGCACUGGGACAGCCCACCCUCGUCCCAGCAGGCCUGGAGUCCCACCCUAGGAGCUGCAGCUGCGCCUCCUCCUCCUCCUCUUCCUCCACCUCCCAUGCUGAGAAAUGGCCACUAUCUUCAUGACCCUCAUCUGGCUGACCUCCCUCAUCCUCUCCCCCUGACUCACCCCGAUGUCCCCGGCAGGCUUUCACGAGGCCUCCACCCUCCCCACUACUCCUCAGGGAAGCUGGGAGGAGCUGUUGGGGGAGGAGAAAGGAGAGGGGCCGGAGGAGCAGUCGGGGUGGAACCUCAGCGGUGGCUGCCUGUCCAUGUGCUGAGAGACUGGCGUCAGCAGCACCACCACAGCCACCUCCAGGGUCUGAGCAGCGAUCAGGAGUCCUACGCCGAGUCCACCGACGGAUGGUCAUCGGCCAACUGCAGCACCCUGCCCCCACCCAUGAAUAAGAUCCCAGCAGACCGCUACCGGGCCCCGCUGGCCCCCGGGGACCACAUGCAACCACCAGGUGGGAGCCAGCCUCCUCCUCCUGCCGCACUUCCUCACGGCCACCGGCUGCAGAAAGACGAGUGGGCCAAGAAGCUGUUUGGUGAGCGCGAGCGUAGCGCAGCACGGAGACACGACAGAGAGAAGAGGCACGCAGGAAACUCCAAAGAGGCGGAGAAAAAGGCUGGCCGGUUCCGUGGUUUGACGAUGGGGUUCCCCCCUCUCCCGCAUCGCUCUUCAGCCAGACGCUCCUUUGGACGUUCCAAGCGUCUCAGCAUGGCCCGCUCCCUGGACGACUUGGAGUCUGCUGCUGUCUCUGAUGGAGAACUGAACAGUGUAGAGCUGCAGGGCUGCAGCAGCGACAACAGCCUGAACAGCAAUGCCAGCCUGCCCAGCGUCCAGAGUCACCGGCGCCACGCAGAGAGGAGGGUGGCCAGCUGGGCGGUCUGCUUCGAGCGACUGCUGCAGGACCCCGUGGGUGUCCGCUACUUCUCGGAAUUCUUAAAGAAGGAGUUCAGUGAGGAGAACAUUCUCUUCUGGCAGGCUUGUGAGUUCUUCAGUCACGUCCCCGAGAACGACAACAAGCAGCUCUCCCAACAUGCCAGAGAGAUCUACAACAGCUUCCUGUCCAGUAAAGCCACAACUCCGGUCAACAUAGACAGCCAGGCUCAGCUCGCUGAUGACAUCCUCAACGCACCCAAACCGGACAUGUUCAGGGAGCAGCAACUGCAGAUCUUUAACCUGAUGAAAUUUGACAGCUACACGCGGUUCCUAAAGUCUCGGCUGUACCAGGAGUGCAUGCUGGCCGAGGUGGAGGGCCGGCCGUUGCCCGACCCGUGUCACAUCCCAAGCAGCCCCACCUCCAAACACAGCACCACCGGUUCCGACCGCUCCAACCUCUCCACGCCCAAGAAGGAGGACAAGAAGAGCAAAUCAGGUCGAUCUUUAAACGAGGAGGGUCGAGAUGAUUCAGCAGACCGAAGGAAAGGAAUGUUCUUCUCUUGGUCUCGCAACAGGAGCUUCGGCAAAGGCCCCAAGAAACGGGAGCUGGCUGAUUUCAACUAUAAUUUCUCUGGCACCAACGGUCGCCGUGAGUCGCAAGGCUCGCUGUCGUCAGGAGCCAGUCUGGAACUGGGAACGUCGGGAUCGGGGAAGAACGAGGGUGACUCAUCUCGUGGUUCGGUACCUGAUAGAGGAGGAAGUAGCGCCCCCUUGAGGCAGUGCAACAUCAGCAUGCCAGACGGCUCGUGUUGCGCGGUUCCACUGAGGGCCGGCGUGUCCAUCAGAGAACUUCUGCAGGGUCUUUGUGAGAAGCUCUGCAUCAACCUUGCAGCUAUAGACCUCUUCCUGGUGGGAGGAGAGAAGCCACUUGUUUUGGACCAGGACUGUAUGACCCUGAGCUCUCGGGACCUCAGACUAGAGAAACGGACCCUCUUCAGACUCGACCUGGUUCCCAUCAACCGCUCGGUGGGUCUGAAAGCGAAGCCCACGAAGCCGGUGACAGAGGUCCUGAGGCCCGUCGUGGCCAAAUACGGUCUGCACCUCUCUGACUUGGUGGCACACAUCAGUGGUGAUUCAGAGCCGUUAGAUCUAGGUCUUCCCAUUUCCAACCUGGACGGGUUACGGGUGGUUUUAGAUCUAGAGGAAAACCUUCCUGGAAAAGACAAACAGAAAAUGGCUCCCUCUAAGAGCCACCUCCCAGCCUCUGCCAGCAGAAACCAGUCGUCUACAGGGGAGGACAGGCCGUCGAGAAAAGCCGGUUCAGCCCACCCCCAUGGGGAAAAUGGCAGGGCUGGGCCAGGCCCUGACAUGAGCAGCCAGCCUUUGCCCAACCACUCAGUCUCUCUUCAUAAGGCUCCGGAGAAAAGAAAGCAGAAAAAGAUUAAUAUAGACGAAGCUGAAGAGUUCUUCGACCUCAUAUCCAAAGCUCAGAGCAACCGAGCCGACGACCAGCGAGGCCUGCUGAACAAGAGCCACCUGCAGCUCCCAGACUUCCUGCGCCUGUCUCCAGAGGCAACCCGCCGCACCGCAGCACCUGCCGGCAACCCCGAGCCCAACAGCUCUACCCCCGACUCCCGUAACCCUAGCAACGGCAGCUUCCCUAGCGGCGGUCGUCGGGGCAACAAGGCAACCAGCAAUGACCGGGGAGGUGUGGGCAGCUCACACUGGCUCAGUGGGAGCCACCAGUCUCAGAGCUUGGACUCUGCACUCGGCACCGAGAGGAAACCCCGACCGCCGCCCCCGUUUCCAACCACCGUCUCCCCCAUCCGUCCCAACCGAGCCCCUCAGCACGGCCCCCUCCAGGACUCCACCUGGGGAGAAUCCAUCCAAAUGCUGGAGGAGGACGCCAUGUCUGACCUGACCCUGGUGGGAGAAGGUGACAUCAACAGCCCCAGCCUCACUUACGUCACGCCAUCCGCUCUACUGCCCAAACCCCACCCCCGCCCUCCGCACCUGGCGCAGGACGGCCAACCUAGCUCAGGUACUUCCCCGGUGUGACUCCAGAAACUCUCUUUUUCCCUCUCUUCACCUGACUGUCCGUGGGCCUGGAGACCCACUGAAGUCGGUCUGAGGCCGCUCUUCACUCGUGUCACAGAAUGCAUCCAGAUCUCCUCAUCGUCCGGGGAACUGAGUAAAAGCUCCUGUUUAGUUUAAUGCAAACUGAAAGAAUGUUUAUUCCAAAUUCAUUUGAACAUAGUAGAACAUAGUCUGUGAGGAAAGAUGGAUGCAUGAAGUUUGCACAGAAUCAGCCUCUGGGCUUCCCCGCCUGUGUGGUGUGCAUCCGUGUGAACUCUUUAACGGACUUGCUGUGGAUUUUGUUGUUUGCAUCCAGAGACGUAAGAUUAAGGAGGAACUGGUGGAGCCCAGAGCCGGAUUCUCUCUUUAGCCCAGCAAAUGUACAGAAUCUAACAAAGCACUUUAGCCAAUGUUAAACACCACUUCACACAUUUAGAGGGUUUAUUUUUCCUUUUUAUUCUUCCUCACAAAACUUUUAAAAAAUGAAAAUGAUCAGAAAUGAAACUCUAGGAAUAGUUUAACAUCAAAUCCUGCAGUUUUAUUUUUUUAGCAGACCGUCCGGUGUGUGAGCGUUUGGGAUGCAGACCUGACCCUUCAAACACAAAAGGAGGAAGAGCUGCUUUUCCCCUCACCUGUUCAUUAUUUCUACUUCUGCACAUUUUCUGUUUCCAUCGCUCUCCCCUUACCGCAGACAUUUAUUACAUCACUCGGCAAAACCCUGGCUGCGUAGCAAGUGCUCACACAUGCAGUUUCCUUCUCUGAUCUAGAAUAAUGUGCGCUGACUGUAAACACGCUCAUUUUCUUAUCAGCUUUUAUUUUGAAAAAUCGUUGAAACUUCCCGAGUCCUUGAAGGUUUUACCUGCUCUUUAUGCUGUCCAGUAUAACUAUCAGUCCAUUAAUUUAUGCAUUGUGCUCCUACGCGUUGCUUUCUGUCAGCUAAAGUAUUAAUUUUUAUAUAGUUUACUUUAUGAAACCACGGUGAUGCUGUUGUCACAGCUGUACUCUCAGAUGUGUUUAAAUAGGAAUCCGCUCUGCUGCGUUGUGUUUACUGUCUGUAAAUAGGUCAAAUAAAUGUUUUAGAGGUUGUAAUGUAGCCUCGUGCGA